AUGAGCGACGAUCUUGAUACUCUUCGGCACGAAGUCCUGUCUGAACUGACAGCCGUGACAGACCUGAAAGCCUGGGAUGCCGUGCGUGUAGCCACGCUUGGCAAGUCCGGCCGCCUGACCGGGCUGCUGAAGGCUUUGGGUAAAAUGGCACCGGAGGAACGCAAGCAGCGCGGCGUUGCCCUCAACCGCCUACGUGAUGAACUGACACAGGCGGUUGAAGAACGGGGCCGCGCCCUUGAAGCCGCCGCCCUUGAGGCGCGGCUUGUGGCUGAGCGGGUUGAUGUCAGUUUGCCGCCAGCGCCUGUCCAGCAGGGCUAUAUCCACCCGAUCAGCCGCGCGAUCGAGGAAAUGACCGCCAUUUUUGGCGCCAUGGACUUUCAGGUGGCGGAAGGGCCGGAUAUCGAAACCGACUGGCACAAUUUUUCCGCACUCAAUACGCCUGCCCAUCAUCCCGCCCGCACGGAUCACGACACGUUUUACCUGCCGCCCGUGCCGGGGCUGGAUGUGGCGCGCGUUCUGCGUACCCAGACAUCGGGCGUGCAGAUCCGCACCAUGCUGGCGCAGAAACCGCCGAUCCGUAUCAUUGCCCCCGGUCGCACCUAUCGUGCCGAUCAUGACGCGACGCACUCGCCCAUGUUCCACCAGUGCGAAGGGCUUGUGGUCGGGCAGGAUAUUACGCUGGGCCACCUCAAGGGCUGCCUGAUCGACUUCCUGCGCGCCUUUUUUGGCAAGCCGGAUAUGCCGGUUCGUUUCCGUUCUUCUUACUUUCCUUUUACCGAACCUUCUUUGGAAGUGGAUAUCGGCUGGUCGCGUAAGACAGGCGAAAUCGGCGCGGGUGAAGACUGGCUGGAGGUGCUGGGAGCAGGCAUGGUGCAUGCGCGCGUUCUGGCCAAUUGCGGGCUGGACCCAUGCACGUGGCAGGGGUUUGCCUUCGGUAUGGGGGUGGAACGCCUGACCAUGCUCAAGAACGGCAUUCCCGACCUGCGGUCGUUCUAUGAAAGUGAUAUCCGCUGGCUGCGGCAUUACGGCUCUGAUCCGCUCGCGCCCGCCAUGCUGCACGAAGGGGUGUAG